AGGCUUGUUCCAAUGAAUUUUGUCUUCCUUAUUAAUUGACGGAUCCCAGCUCGUUCAUUUCGGCCUGAUAUUUCGCUGUGAGCAGUCGUUCCGCUCCCAAAUUUCCAAAUUAAAAUCAUGGUGUACCUGGUGAGGAACAAGGAAGAUCUCGACCAGCAGCUGGCCCUCGCCGAGGACAAGCUGGUGGUGAUCGAUUUCUAUGCCAACUGGUGCGGUCCGUGCAAGAUUAUAGCCCCAAAACUGGAGGAGCUGGCCGAGCUGUAUUCGGACCGGGCGGUUGUGCUCAAGGUGAAUGUGGACGAGAACGAGGACAUCACGCUGGACUACAAUGUGACCAGCAUGCCGACCUUUGUCUUCAUCAAGGCCGGCGAGGUCCUGGAGCUCUUCGUUGGCGGCAAUCCGGAUAAGCUGGCCAAGUCCAUGGAGAAGUAUGUCGACGAUGUGGCGGCGGAUGUGGAGGCCACCGAGCAGCGAGGACUGCCGGGAUCCGAGGAUGCGUGCAGUGCCGGGCCAAGUGCCUCCUCCAGUGGCAGUGUCAACGAUGUGGUCAUCAGCGAGCUGGAGGAGCACGACCAGGAGGCCGUCUUGGACCACUAAUACCGAAAUAAUGCCGUUCAAAAUAGCCUCAUAGCUUCGAGUUCCUGUUACAAACAAGCCAACACAACACCCGAUAUCCCGAGAGAAAAACACACCCUACUGAUGAUGAUGCUUGUAAAUGUUAUAAGAUUGAUGUCAUGGAGGACCUGGGACCUUCCUCAAGCAAAACUCCUCGUCAACACUACACAUCCAAAUACUUCCAAGUGGUCGCCAUCAUUGUAAUCUUAUAACAUUGACAAUAUGCUGCGCACACGAAUUAUCCUUAAAU